AUGGAGUUCUCCGAAAGGAAAAGAAGCAGGAAAUCCCAGAGCUUCAAACUGGUGAACCGAGAUUAUCACCAUGAAGCGUACACGGUCUCAGAAUUCAGCAGUGAUGUAAAUGGCGAGGCCAAAGACACACAGCCUGUUUUUUUAGGAGAUGAAAGCAUGGAAAUUAAAAAGCAAAUUACAGGAAUGAGAAGAUUACUGAACGACAGUACUGGAAGGAUAUAUCAGCGUGUUGGCAAGGAAGGAGAAAAACUAAAAGAAGAGCCCCAAGAUUUGGAUUUAAUCUGGCCUCAGCGUUUGAACUCUUCCACUGAAACCCCGCAGAAUGUCCGCCCUUCUUCAGGUGGUACAUGGAAUGAGUUACCAUCCCAAAGCAGGCAGUUUUCAGGACAGUAUGGCACCCGUUCUAGAACUUUCCAGAGUCAACCCCACGCCACCGGAAUCUCCAACGGAGAACUUCCAGUGGUGAAUUCAUCAGGUGGAUCAAACUGCUGUACUUGUAACUGCCAGUCAACAUUGCAGGCCAUUCUCCAAGAACUGAAGACCAUGAGGAAAUUAAUGCAAAUUCAAGCAGUUGGAACUCAAAACAGACAACAGGCCCCAAUUUCCCUUAUAUGCUCCCAGCGAACUGCUGUCUCACGCAAGAGAAAUAAAAAGAAAAAAGUUCCCCCAAAGACUGUUGAACCUCUUACUGUGAAACAGAAUCCCAGUGUGUUAGAAAAUGAAAAGAAGACAACAGUGGCCUCUGAGCAGUCUGAUCUCCAAGCAGCCGAGCACAUCUCCACUGAGGAGAACCACGUUUUAGGAUUUGGCAUUGUUCUUGACUCGCCUGCCUCAGAUCCAGAAGUGCAACUUGCCGAAGGCUUUGAUGUGUUUAUGCCUAAAUCUCAACUGGACUCUAUAUUGUCAAACUACACUCGCUCAGGAAGCCUUCUGUUUAGAAAACUGGUGUGUGCAUUUUUUGAUGACAAGACUUUGGCUAACUCCUUACCCAAUGGAAAGAGGAAAAGAGGACUCAAUGACAACCGGAAAGGACUAGACCAAAAUAUUGUGGGUGCAAUAAAAGUCUUCACAGAAAAAUACUGUACUGCUAACCACGUGGAUAAACUUCCUGGUCCAAGAGACUGGGUUCAGAUUCUUCAGGAUCAAAUUAAAUUGGCAAGAAGAAGGUUAAAAAGAGGCUCAGGUAAUAUGUUUGACACCAGGACAGAAAACAUGGAAGACACAGAAGCAGAUUUCACUGUCUAG